AUGCUACUCGUUCGCUCUCUGCAACCGUACGACCGUCUUCCAGACGGCGAAGAAUUUGUGUAUGACGCAUUCGUCGCUCACCACGUGGACAAUAGAGUCUGGGUUAUAAACCAUCUACUACCCUUCCUCGAGAAACAGAGGAAGCUGCGUCUUUGCCUCCACGAGAGGGAUUUCCUUCCAGGUAAUUUCAUUGCCGACAACAUUGUUAACAAUAUGAAGGUGAGCCGAAAAGUGAUAUUGGUUUUCUCUGAAGACUUUGCGGACAGUGAGUGGUGCCUAUUCGAGGCAACGACCGCCUACAACAGGAUACUAGCGGAGGGAGCAUCCUCUGUUGUUAUCAUAAUGCUGGAGGACAUUAGACACCGACCCGUCGAUAAUACCAUUCGGAACCUUCUCCACGCCGUCGCCUAUAUAGAGUGGGGAAGCGAGAGGAGUGAUCGCCCAGUAUUCUUUCGGAAACUUCUCGAUGCCCUCCAGUGA